CUAAACUUUUCUGGAAAACUUUCACGAUGCUGCAGCUCCUGACAUUCCUGGUGGAGAAGCUGUCCCUCUUCUCCAGCUUCAAACUCUUUGAGUCCAGUUAUUCUGCAGAUGAGGACCGGGAGCGCGCCCCGCACCGCGGACCCCCGCCGCCCCUCCGGAGGGGAGACCUGCUGGAGGUCCCCAGGACCAUCUUUACCCACUUCGGCAUCUAUUUAGGAGACAAUAAAGUGGCUCACCUGAUCCCUGAUAUCCUGCCCGUGUUGACAGCUGACCAGAAGCUCAUCGCUUCUGUCAUCACCAACAAGAGGCUGAUCCUCGGCUGCAUGUACAAGUGCGCCACGGUGCGCGUGGACACCCUGGAGGACUUUGCAUAUGGCUCCAGUAUUCUGGUGAACCGGAUGGACAACAUGAUGAAGACGCAGGCCUUUCCAAAUGAAGAUGUCGCCAAAAGAGCAGAAAAACUGAUCGGAUCGAUCCCGUACAGUCUGCUGUGGAAUAACUGUGAACACUUUGUGACUUUCUGCAGAUAUGGGUCUGCAGCCAGCCGGCAGACAGAGAAGUUCUGUGAGUGUCUAAAAUCCAUCAUCCGGGACCAGCGGAGCGUCAUCGUGUCAGGCCUGCUUGGAAUCAUCUCAAUCGUCUGCUUCGGUAUGGCACCUUCAACUACAUUACCCACAAUUCUCAUCCCCUUCACGUUGUGGAUGGCCGGGUAAAGGAGCUGGGAGGAUGAAAACUACAAAUGAACUGAACUGUUACUUGAGUGUGUUGGCGUGGACUCCAUGGCUUGUGUUUUAUGAAAAUGUUGUGUUUUAUUUCUGAAUAAUGCAUUAUAACUCUUCUAUGGCUCACAUCAUUAAUCAUAGAAAUGCAUUAAUUAUUUGCGAGGAGAAUAACAUUUUGGUUCUAACCUAUCACAUUAUACAAUAUAAUGUUAUAGUGACUUUAACAAUGUGUCGACCUUUUUGAUUUAUGUAAAAUGGGUUUAUUAAGAUACUAAAAUGAUGUAAAGUUGUAAAUAUGACAAAUGUUUAAUAAAGGUUUUAUUUUUA